AACAGCGCCUCCAAAAGUAUCUUCGUAUCCGAGGCCCACAUCUGUGAGGCAUACGAGCGCUACUUAGUUAUGGACCGAUACUAUGCCCAACGCAUCGGACAUAAAGCUGUCAUAAAUACUCCCAUAUUUAAAGACACCAAAACUCCGGACCCUUUCGUCGAGAUAUUCAACGACACGGAGUCUAAUAGAGCGGCAAAAGUGGAUCACAUUUAUAUGGACGAGACACUGUUUGGUGCGGCGGCCAGUUGUCUACAGGUAACAAUGCAGGCGACAGACGUGUCCGAAGCGUUCACACUAUACGACCAGUUGAAUCCAUUAACGCCCAUAAUGGGAGAGAAGCCAUUGAAACACAACGCAUACCGUAUUCCCAAAUCCAGGGUUUCGCCGAUCAAUACUUAUUUGUGUGAAUCAAACGCCGAAUACAAUGACAGUCCGAUUGUUUAUAAUAAGGAGUAUUACAAUGAGAUGAUCAGCGCUGGCGUCCCCUCACCGCUGGCCCAACACAUCGCGUACCUCUUUAUUCGUGAUCCGGUUGUUAUAUCACGUGAUAAAUUAGAUCAAGACUUGGAGACAGAGUCGGAACACUUUGAGGGCAUUCAGUCAACUAAUUGGCAGACAAUGAGGUUUAAACCGCCGCCUCUUAACCAACAGUCCAUCGGUUGGAGAGUAGAGUUCCGUCCGAUGGAGAUCCAGAUGACGGACACACAAAACGCCGCCUUUUCUGUGUUCGUUAUAUUGUUGUCCAGAAUUGUAUUGAAAUAUAAACUUAAUUUCAUUAUUCCUAUCUCUAAAAUACACCAAAACAUAACAACAGCCCUUAAGAGGGAUGCCGUCAAUAGAUGCAAAUUCUGGUUCAGAAAAGACAUCUUCACUCAAAAUACACCACAAAUUAAUUGUUUCAAAGAAAAUAGAAACAGAUAU